AUCGGCUAGCUCUUCGUGGACACGUGCGUGGUUCGGUGUGCCAUUGGUUUGCUCGCAUCCCUCGUAGAUCGUCGUCGACCGUCGAGGCUGACGCACCACGAGGUCGUUUGCUCGCGUUUUCGUUCCGUUCUACCGUGACGUGCUCCCCGUGCCCGAGUUUUCCACCCCGUUCGAUUCAACAUUUCCCCGUAAAAGAUCACGUGGCCAGGGAGACACGGUUGUACAGUGGCGAUGCGUGCAGCGCACCGCGAAGGAGGGUGAAAAGUGUGACCUAUGUAAAUGCAAAGUGAGACACCGCGACGCGAAGAAGGGUCGGACCAGGUCCUCGAUGCGCCCUUCUCUGCAGGGCGCAGCCUGUACGCGGAGGCAAGUCGAACAUCUCUGACGAAUCAGAUUAGGAUCGAGUGGAGAAAUUCGCCGAUAGAAGAAUCGGACCAACUUGCCGAUCGACCGACAGGAUCAUGAGGAAGUCUUACUUCGUCUUCAUAUGCCUGCUAGGCCUCGUCGUCAGCGACAACAGCACUAUAGGUGAUUCGAACAUCGAAGAUGUUUCGGAGGUAUCAGAAGCCAAUAACAACCUCGACAUUGACUCAGGAGAUCAAAGUGUCACGUGGGGCGAAUGGUCACCUUGGUCAAAAUGGUCCAGUUGCUCGAGAAGCUGCGGUGGUGGAAUUUCACGUCAGCAGAAACGAUGCAGGAGGAAACCGUGCAAGGGCAGAUCAUGGAGCACGAAAUACAAGAUCUGUAAUUCGGAGCCUUGCGAGAAGCCGAGCGAUUUUCGAGCGGAACAAUGCGCCGCAUUCGACGACGUACCUUACAGCGGACAACUGUUGAAAUGGUAUCCGCAUUACGAUCCAAGCAGACCGUGUUCUUUGAUCUGCCGCGGUGAACAAUCGCUGGAGAAUUCGGAGAACAGGCUACGACAGGAAACAUCCGUCGAGAAAACGCUUCCGCGCGACGCCACCGAGGCUUUGCAGCUCGACAGCGAGGAAACCAUCGUCGUUCAACUCGCGGACAAGGUUGAGGAUGGCACGAAAUGCUACACCGACGGCUCCGACGUUUGCAUCAAUGGUGAAUGCAUGAAGGUUGGUUGUGACCUGCGGGUCGGCAGCAACAAGAACACAGAUGCGUGUGGCGUGUGCGGUGGAAAUGGAUCGAGCUGCCAAUCCCGAUACUCGUGGAGUUUGGAAUCGAUAUCCGCCUGCUCGAAAUCAUGCGGCGGAGGUUUCAAGAUAGCAAUGGCGGUAUGCAAGUCCAUCGGGCCGGACGACAACGUGGUAGACGAUAGCUAUUGCGAUCCGGACAAUAGGCCAGAAAAGACCCUGAUGCCGUGCAACACGCACCCGUGCACAGCAAAAUGGGUGGCUGGUGAUUGGAGCAUGUGUAGUGCCAGCUGCGGAGGUGGUUCGAGGACCAGAACAGUUUUCUGCACCGAAGAAAGUGGCAACGAGACUACCAAGCUACCCGAUCAUAAAUGCAGCAACACGCAUAAGCCGCGGAACCAAGAGACUUGUAACACCAUCUCCUGCCCCAUGUGGGAGACCAAUAAAUGGAGCGAGUGUUCUGUGACCUGUGGUAGCGGAGUCAGAACGAGGACAAUCGAGUGCAGGGACGCCGUUGGUUCCAUCUCAAAGGAUUGCGAUCCAGCUGAACGACCGCACACCGAGCAGGAGUGCAAAACAAACAUCCCCUGUCCAAUAUAUGGAGAGGAAAUGACGCAGCCGUUGAUGCAGCCGUAUCCUCCUCCUCCCAUGUCGGCGAAAUUGAUCGACCAACCGAUACCCUCGGAAUCCACGUUCAUCGCAGAGGAAUGGUCACCGUGCAGUGUCUCCUGCGGCGAAGGCAUCAGACGGCGAGAAGUCCGUUGUAAAAUAUUCCUCGAAUUCAGUCGAACCAUCGCUGAUCUACCAGAUCGACAAUGCUCGGGACCAAAGCCUAUUGAGACGGAGAAGUGCGUGAUGGGACCUUGCAGCGUUAUAGAGAACAGUUUAACUUAUGGCAUCGACACAGUGGGCGACAGCGGAUACGCCGAACCCAGCUUGACGGACACCUACAGAUCCUCCGCGGGUAGCUCCAGCGGAAGUGGCUACGAUGCUGGAAUUAAGGUGGCUCCAGGAAGCGAUGUGCAAACCACCUUCUCAUGGAAGGAGGCUGGGUAUACACCCUGCAGUGCUACUUGCUUGGGAGGUGUUCAAGAAUUGAUAAUAAAUUGCGUGCGAGACGACAGCGGCAAAACCGUGAUGCCUUUUCUCUGCAGCUCCGACACGAAACCGGAAGCCAGGAUAAGAGUCUGCAACGACCAUCCUUGCCCACCUAGAUGGAAUUUCAGUGAAUUUUCCUCAUGUAUGAGUCCAUGUGGAAUCGGCAUACAAACACGUGACAUCGCCUGCAUACAUGAAGUGACACGGGGUACACGUAAGACUGUGCCCAAUAACAUGUGUCCACAGCCUCCACCGGCGGAUAGACAGUACUGCAACGUAUUAGACUGCCCGGUCAAAUGGAGUACCGGUGAAUGGGGCAAGUGCUCGAAAACCUGUGGAGGAGGCGUGAAGAAGCGUAAAGUGACCUGCGAGCAAAUAAUGGCACAGGGACGCAAACAAAGUCGAGAGGACCGUGAAUGCCCGUCGCUGAGACCUUCUUCGGAGAAGCCGUGCAACACCAUACCGUGCCACGACAUGGACGCUAGCUCCCUGCCGAUUAUUUCCAGCCAAAACACCACCUACAAUCAGACGGACCUGAACGCGAAAGUGGAUCUGAAAAUAGGAGGCAUUGCUAAAGUGUUCCAAGGCACAUCCUCCGUUAAGAUACGUUGUCCCGUCAAGAAAUUCGACAAAGCGCAGAUCAUAUGGACCAAAGACAAGAGAGAAUUGAGGAAAUCGAGGAAGUAUAAGAUCACCAGGAAGGGGGCUUUGAAGAUAAACGACAUAACAUCGUCGGACUCUGGCUUCUAUGCGUGCAUAGCAGGAAACUCGCACGCAGAAACGCAGUUGAUAGUGAAAUUUCAUUCCAAGGAACAAAUUAGCAGCGAGGAAUAUCUACGACUGAGCAAUUCCGUCCACCGACAACGAAACGCGAACUUAGACUCAGCGCCAGCUAACUCAGGCGAGAAUCUGUACACCGACCGUGCAGCAGCCGCUUACGGAAACCGAUUUGUUCCCAUCGACAGCGAGGAUCUGAGUCACGAAAGAGCGUACCCCAGCAAAACGACGAAGAAACCGAAUCAGAAGAAGCAGAGACUCAACCCGACACCCGAUCCGGCAAUGAUACAAAGAGAACACACUGUCACGUCCCUUAAUCAGCCAGGAUACCACGAAUCUGUAGAAUCUACUGCACCGUCGAGCUCAGGUGCCGCUACUCUAGUACCGCACUUGACUUAUUUUAUAUCGACUUUAAAGGAAUACUGGCCUUUCCAGAACGAAGGCUCUGCCGAAAAGUCCCAUAGGACAGCCCCGGUGUCAUUCAUAGACGACGUGAGGAAGGAAAUCCUCGCGACGAAGCACUCCAUACCUGACAAGGGUUCCGACUUCAGGUACCAGAAUGUCGAAGAAAAUUUGGAUACCUUGUAUCGCAACACCGCCAUUCCGGACGAAACGUUCGGACCCGACGAGGAAAGGAUAUUCAUCGAUGUUGAUCCCUACGACUUAGACGAGUCCUUGUUUGGACUGCAGCACAGUGAUCCAGUGAAGCUCACCCCUGUUCUAAACGUGACGACCAUGAAGCCUAACGUCGAUUACGUGGAGGAAUCGUUGAAAAAUGUGAAGAGGCAAUGGUCAGAGAGGUCUGAGUCUAAGAACCACUGGAGCUCCACUAAAAAUCAAAAUAAGGAAGCAACUACCUCGGACAACAUCGGUUUAGAGGUUUAUUAUAUUCCCGAAUCAAGUACCAAGCACAACCCGGUGAAAUCCAGAGGAAAUUCUGCUGAAAAUCGAGACAGCGAUCGAAGAAAUGAUAAUUCUGAAAUCGAGGAUGUUCGCUCGACGAUGUCGCUGAAGGAUAUAGACGCGUCUUCAAAAGAAUCGAACACUGGAAAUGACAAAAUGGAGUUGUUGAAUAGAACAGAAGAGUACGAGGAGAUGUUUGAAGAGGAGAUGAAGAAACGGCGGGUUUACGUUGAGAACGACACGGUCGAUGAUGGUACCACUCGAGCACCGACCACCAGAGAUCUUGAGGAAGAUCUCAUCGACUUGGCGUUGACGGAAGAUCGAGGAUUCGCGGAGAUGGAGAAGAACGUUAGAAAUCUAUCACAGAAUCAGGGAGAUCGACACAAUUCGUCCAAAGAAACGACUGAUUUUCAAGAACGCUCUACUAGCGAAGAGACGAAUAAAACAAGAUCGUUGGAUUUUACGAAUAGUACUCUCAGUGGAUCUAAUGUUACUAUUGAUUCUACAAUUACGUCUUUUACUAUCUUAGAUACUACGGAGGAUCUCGUUUUUGAAUGGGUGACAACGGAUUGGUCGAAGUGCUCUCAAACUUGCGGAGGCAGUGGAUUUCAGAUGCGAGGAGCUCAAUGCACAGUACGUGCAUCGAAACCAGCUGGAAAUACAACUCGCACACCACCGAGGACUGUAAUAGGAGCAACUUUGUGUAUAGACGCGGGUCAUCCAGUGCCUCAGAAAGUGAGACCCUGUGGUUUCGGUAAAUGUCCUCAAUGGCACACAACUGAGUGGACCCCAUGUGAAACGUCCAGGUGCUUCAAUUGGAAGACAGCGAUGCAAAGACGCGACGUUACCUGUCGUUUGGUCGAGGACACCGAGAAUGGACAGCAAAACAUCACAUUGAUUGACCCGAAUAAAUGUGACGACACAAUUAGACCCCUGCAGAGACAGGAAUGUUACAAUGAUGCCUGCAAAGGCGUCUGGAGAGUUGGCGAAUGGUCUGAGUGUACAGCAGCUUGCGAGGAAGACGGAAUUAAAUACAGGAUCCUGCAGUGCGUCUGGUACGGAACGAAGAAGCCAGCUGGAAACGCGUGCAGAGAUAUUCCGCGACCUCCGGUGAUGAAAACGUGCAGGGGUCCUCCGUGUCUUCAAACGCCCGAACAAUGCUGCUGAAAGAUUGCUGUUCUUGCAGACGACUGUAAGGACCACUCGCAAUUGUGCGGCAGGGUAAAGACGAUGAACAUGUGCAGGGUACCCCUUUAUCAAAAGCAGUGCUGUCAAUC